GUGCCCAAUGAAAAGAUGUUUCUUAUUCGUAGUAUAAAAACGAGGCAGAAGCAUAACGCUCAUCUAAAGAUCACGGAGAUCCUUGAAUGCAGAGUCAAAAUAAAAAGUUUUGUCAACAGAACCAGUCUGAGCAGGAUGAUCUUUUUUAUGGUUUUUGCUCUUUAUGCUGCUUUUGCUGCAGCAGAAGUUCAGCCUCAACAUUACUCGUACUCACCAUCCGUGGGCUCGGGUAGUGGCUCUGAAUACACGCUGACUGGAAACCAGAGGAUCACUGCUGUGAGAGUCUGGGAAAACUACAGCGGCAACGUCAGAAGCAUUCAGUUCAGAUAUGGCAACAACUGGUCUAACGUCGCCGGGUACCUGUACGGAACCCCCCUGGAGAUGGAGCUGUAUGAUGGGGAAGCCAUUGUGGAGAUUUCCGGGAAGUACGCUUACUAUCUGGAGUAUGUGGUUUUCACCACAAACCGGGGUCGCUUCAUACACGCUGGCCAGCCUUCAGGCUCCUCCUUCAACAUGUACCCCAGUUUUGAUGGGGCGGAGCUAGUCUACAUCAGCGGACGGCAGAACGGAGCCAUCACCUCGCUGGGAGCUCACUGGGCCGUGGUCAAGCACUAAACGCCCAGCCUUAAGGGUUUGAAAGGGUAGAAUUCGUGGUAAAUUCCUCUCUGAGGAGUGAUUCGCUUGAUCCUCUUCAAUAAUAAAGAAAUAAAACAUGCAGCUUCAAUGAGUCUGAGUUGUGAAUGUUAGACUUUCAUAACAAAAUAGAAAAAACCCAGCGGAUUGUGGGUAAAACCCAGCGCCUGUUGUACUAUGAUGAAGUCCAGGUUCAAUACCCAAAUAUUUGAUGAAAUAAAAACAUCUAUGUAAGCCAAUAAAACAAUGUUUUCUCUGAAUACAGCUUGUUGUUGGAAACUCCCUUCAUUGUUUUUUUUUGUUGUUGAUCUUUAUUCCGUUUUUAUCUGCUGUUAAGAAAACAGAUUUAAAAAUGAAUACAAUAUGUGUUCAAUUUUUCUAAACCUUCGAAAAAUAAAAAUAAAGACACAAAUCUCUGAAUUUCUCAA